AUGGGAAUUCAAUUACCCGUAUUGCCAGUAGAACAUCAUUAUUUAGUUACAGAACAACAUCCAAUUUUAUUAGAAAGAAAGAAACAAGGAUUGCCCGAAUUAAGUAUAUUCAGAGAAAGUGAUAAUUCUUGGUAUAUUCGGGAAGAGAAUGGAGGCUUUAUUGUUGGUAUUUAUGAGAAGGGAGCACCAGCUUGUUAUUUGGAAGGACCGUCUGAAGAUAGUGAAUUUGAGCUUUUUCAACCAUGCAUGGAACGAAUUAUGCCACAUAUUGAGAAGGCAAUAGAUCGAGUGCCUGCCUUUGGUGAAGUUGGUAUUAAAACAAUAUAUAAUGGUGCAAUUCCUUUUACUCCGGACGGAGUUCCUAUUGUUGGGCCAGCUCCAGGACUUUAUAAUUAUUGGCUUAGUGAAGGCCAUACGUUUGGUAUUACAGCAGCUGGAGGUGCUGGAUGGCAGUUAGCUGAAUGGAUAGUUACUGGUGAACCAAACAUUGAUAUGACGAGUUUAGACCCACGUCGAUUUGGGGAUUAUGCCUCACAUAAAUGGAUUCAAUCAAAGUGUGAAGAAGUUUCUGAAAAUAUCUUUACUAUACAUUACCCUAAUGAGGAAAGGUCUGCUGGCAGACCACUCUUAACAUCUCCUUGUUAUGAACGUAUGGCUAAUUUAGGAGCAGUUUUUGGUUCAAUUUGUGGAUGGGAAAGACCUAAUUGGUUUGUUCCUUCUGAAACAUAUAAAUUGGAAAAAGAAGAAUUAGGAAUUGGCAGGGAUGUUUUACUAAACAAAAAUUGGUCAAAUCCACGUGAAGAGAAUGGGCCUAUCGUAGAAAAAUGGUCUUUUCGUCGCUCUAAUUAUUUUAAACAUGUUGGAAACGAAGUUUUAAAUGUUCAUAAAAAUGUUGGUUUAAUGGAUACUUCGUAUUGUGCAAAAUUAAUGGUUAAAGGCCGAAAUGCAAGAAAAUGGUUAAAUUCAAUAUUUACAAAACCCUUACCUGAAGAAAAAGGCAAAAUACAACAAUGUUUUCUUUUAAAUAAAAAUGGUUGUGCUAUUGCUGAAUUUACAGCUUAUGAAUAUAUUAAUGAUUGUUUUUAUUUAAUCUCUUCGGGUAAAUCAAUUUUAAUCAAGUUUAAGAUCAACUUAAUAUUUUUUAAUUUCAAUAAAUAUUUUAAAUUUAAAUUAAAAUAA